AUGUCCUGUAAGCGUGUGUUGCUGUUUGGUGGUCGUGGUGCUUUAGGUUCUACGUGUUUGAAACACUUUAAGAGCAAAGGAUUAUGGGUUUGCUCAGUCGAUUUCAGAGAAAAUUCUGAAGCUGAUGCAAAUAUUCUUAUUAGUGAUUGUGAUACUUGUUCAGCACAGGAAAAACUCAUGAAGAGCGAUUUAAAUAGAGUUCUAAAUGAUCAGAAGUUAGACGGCAUAUUUUGUGUUGCUGGUGGGUGGGUUGGAGGCAAUGCUGCUCAUCGAGACUUUUUGGAAAAUUGUGAUGUUAUGUGGAAGAAGUGCGUCUGGUCCUCAUGUACUGCUGCAUCAUUAGCUUCGAGUCAUCUUUCACCUAACGGUCUACUAUUACUUACUGGAGCACAUGCAGCUUUACAAGCCACUCCAGGUAUGCUGGCGUAUGGAAUGGCUAAAGCUGCUGUACAUCAGCUUACAAGAAGUUUGGCAGGACAGAAAAGUGGACUUCCAGAUGGUGCUUGUGUAAUUGCAAUUUCUCCAAUAACUUUGGAUACUCCUAUGAACAGAAAAUGGAUGCCAAAAGCAGAUCAUACAACAUGGACACCGACUGAAACAGUGGCUGAAUUAUGCCUUUCUUGGCUAGAAGAUGUCGACAGUCGUCCACAAUCUGGAAGUAUAAUUCAAUUAAUUACUAAAGACAAUAAAACAGAAUGCAUUCCAGUUUAG